AAAGAGAGAUUGUUAUUUAUAUUUAAAUGCAUAUAAAGUUCAAACAAGUUUUGUUCCUCAUUGGUCUUAGGGACUGUUAUAGUCAGAUACAUCUAUACAGACGCUGCAUAUUGUUCACCUUCUCCAAUUCUAUUCAUGUGGUUUAUAAUGAAGUAACAAAAUCAUGGAAGAAAAGCAGCCUCAAGUAGAAAUGCCCAGUGAAGGAGAAAAGGAAACGGAUGAGAGCGUCUCAGAGCAACAAGUGAAAAGAGAGCAUGAGGAUGUUGAGGAUGAGGUGAAGGUUGCAGAAAGCCCAGAGCAUUCUGGUGUGACAGAGCCAGUAGAGACCUCUGAUCUUGUGUCAGGCAGCAGAAAAAUGAAGUUAGAAGCCAAGGAGCGAAGAGAGAAGAAGCAAAAAGUUGAUGAGGAUGAGAUCCAGAAAAUGCAAAUAUUGGUGUCAUCAUUUUCUGAGGAACAGCUAAAUCGAUAUGAGAUGUACAGGCGUUCUGCUUUCCCUAAAGCUGCUAUUAAACGGCUAAUUCAGAACAUUACAGGCUGCUCAGUUUCCCAGAAUGUUGUCAUUGCAAUGUCUGGCAUUUCCAAAGUCUUUGUGGGUGAGGUUGUAGAAGAAGCUUUGGAUGUAUGUGAAAAGUGGGGGGAUAAUCCUCCAUUACAACCCAGACACAUGAGGGAAGCCCUCAGACGACUAAAGUCUCGGGGACAAAUUCCAAACUCCAAGCACAAGAAGAUAAUGUUUUAAUUCCUUGGUGCAUGCCAUUCAUUUUACUUUUUGUAUGUAAAUCAGGGGAUCUCUGGGAUUGUUUUCAUCCAGAAAGAUAUUCUGUAUUGAGUAGUGGUAAAGCUAAAGCCACUAGACUUGCUGAGUAAUCUUGAUUACAAUCCACCGCUCAUCCAAGCAAACGGAUUUCUUGAAAUGUUAUCAACUUUAAGAAUUCUACUCACUAUAUUCCAGUCACAAUAGUUCCACCGAGCUUUUUGAGCAAAUGUUAGUUGAAAUUUAUUGAAGCAAAUGUUAACUGUUCAAGUGAAUUUAACCGUGCAAAUGAAACUAUAAACUCCUUCAUUAAACUCUUUAAUUUUGUGAUUGGAUCAUGGUGAGCUUUAUUCUCACUUCCAUUAAAGAGGAUGUAAACCUUUAAAAUAAAAAAUCUGCCCUGUUGUACAGCACGCAAUGGGUUAAACUGAAAGAAUCCGCCCCCUUGCAUGGUUAUUGAUAUUCCACUCUUCUCCCCCGUAUGUCAGUCAUUGGCGCCAUAUUUCAAAUUUUCCAGCACAGAAGCAGGAUCCUCCGCCUGCCGCAAUAUGUCACCGUGCGUUGGAGAAAGCAGGAGCACAGAUUCGUUCUAUUCCUGGGUGUGCACAGAUACUGCAACAGGUGCGCACACCGUGUAAGAGAUGCAUAAACUGUUCAUAAAAAUACUCUUCUUUUUUUUUUCUGUCCAGGCUGAUAUAAAUUCUUGUCGAAGAGAUAAGGACAGAGAGAAAAGGGGACUGGGUUUCACCCCAGAGCUGCUGAAUUGAGCUUAAGAGUUAAAGGAACAGUAACACCAAAAAUAAAAGUGGUUUGAAAGAAUGGUGAUAUAAUGUACUGCUGCCCUGAACUGGUAACACUGGUGUUUCUCCUGUUUCAGCUUUGAAUGGCUGCCCCCAUGCCUACACAGCAGACUGUUUAUAUAAACUAUAGUAGCCUUUAUGAAGCAAACACACCAACUGUAUGAGUACCGAGCAACUGUACAAUAUAUUUUCAGUAACACUUUCUUUUGUUGGUGUUACAGUUCCUUUCUGUCUGAACAUCAGGAGAAAGGUAUAUUAAUUUAUGCACUAUUUAGUCAAUUUAGAGAGCGAGAGAGAAAAGGUUUAUUCUUUAAUUAUAGAUUACACCUGCCAUUAAACCAAUGUUCUUGGCUUUGACGGUUGUCCCCCCCCCCAUUUUUCUUUUGGCUUGUGUUACACUACACAAUCUCAUGUGCCAUCAAGUAUUGCAAAGCAGGUGACCUAGAUUGUUUUGUGACUGAAAAAUUGGUUUUGAAAGAACAUGUUGGGAGACUAAAGUCAGCAGGACACACUUUAAUGUAUUUCUUUAAUGUAUGACGUUAAUGUUUUCAGAUUGACUAAAGGAUACUUUUUUUUUUUUUUUUUUUGAACCAUGGCCAAGUUAUACAAUUUAUUUGUAAAUGAUUGCUUUUAAAGUGACCAUGGUACUUGUGCUUCUCUCAACCUGUGUUGUGUGAUGUAGAAAAAUUCUACUUAGUUUCUAUACAUUUUUUUUUAAAAUAAAGUAAAUGUUUCUUGUAAA